GGGAGUAAUCGCUUUUUCCGAUGGUUGUUUUCAUAAUAACGUGGAUGUGUCCGUCAAGUCUAAUCCCAUGUCGCGGAGGAAACAAUCCAAUCCCAAGCCAGCAAAACGUGAUCCCUCAGAUCUCGAUUCGGCAGAGUUAGCACCCUCAUCACCCCCUGUGUCCGCCUUUCCGUCCCCGAAUCGUCUGUACCUAAAGGAAUUCGGAGGGGAGAAGCUCGUGCUCGCCCGCGAGAAGCUCAGGGCGGGAACUGUGCUCGGCACCUACCGAGCAACCCUGAGGUCGCGCGGUGGCGAAGACCCGAUUCCGCUGGACGGACAGACUUAUCUUAAGGUGAACCGCUCUGAGGGUGGCUCUCCAGUUCACGUGAUGCUUGAGAAUGAAGGCAAUUGGUUAAAGCUGAUGAGAACGGCAACCCUACCCACCGAUGCUAACAUUUGCCUUCGCAUCUCAGGGAGAGAUAUUGUUUGUACAGUUACGAAAGACGUGAACAGAGAAGUGGAACUGAAAGUCACGUGUCGAUUAGCUGACCCGGGACAUGAAAAAGAACCCAACCCCGAACCGCCCCCACAAAAACCAGUAAAUCCUGAUAAAGAGGAAUCGGAAACUGCUAUUGCUGACGACUUGGAGCGAAAAAGCCCUCUGGAGAGUUCGAAAACGAUGCUCGAUUUUUCACUCGGAAGUACAACCACCGUGUUAGCGAAGAGCAGUCUUUUCCAGAACGACGAGAGCAGCGAUAGGGAAAGCGAAACCAUCCGAGACGCGAGCGACGAAGUCAGCAGUUCUACUGCACAUUUGUCGCCAUCUAGUGAUGAAAUGAAUGACCAAAAUAUGAGAGCACAGCAUGAAGUAGCAGCAGUUUCCAACAGAUUCCACAAACCUUCUGACGAUGAACAAAUGCGCAAUCUGAUGAAGGAAGAAGGAAUCAGUUACCGGUGCCCUAACUGUGAGUUCAUCAGCCGAGAGUAUGGCAUGUAUCAAAAUCACUUGUUGUCCCAUAAAACUUUUGAGCAACCUUCGACAAGCAGUCCUUCAUCGCAAUGUGACAGUGUUACUGCUCCGUGCAUGACAGCCAACCCCAGGUCUUUCUGUGGUUCUUGUAAAAUCCAGUUUAUGUCUGUUAACACGUACAAGGUGCACAAGAAAUACUAUUGUAAAUCGAGGCACGAUGGUGAAUCAGAGAAUGUACCCCCUCUUUCACCGCCCCAGCCAGAUGUCAUAUUCCCUCCAACAGCCUUUAGACCUAGUGCCGACACUGUGAUUUUAGGAGGAAUGAAUAAUUCAGCUAUUGCCCAGCCACCUGUGUUUCAGCCUCAGGCGAUUUACGCCGCAAUUUCAACAGAUCCUUUAGUCUUACUGCCCUGUUCUUUAGUAAGUGGACAACGACUAGUAGUACCGGACAAUGUCUUUCUGCCUACAGUAGGACCUGGAAUGGUCUUGCCAACAGUUGCAAAUAAACCACUUAAGACAUCUAAAGAAGAAAACACUCCUUAUCGCAAAACAAGUCAUCCGGCAAUGCCGAGUAGUAAUACAGAACAUACAUCUAAAACUGCAGUAAAACGUAAAAUGAGUGAAGGAGAUGUACUAAACCUCAAGAAAACAUGCAGAAGUGAGGAUUUACAUUCUCCCGAAACAUUGAAAAAUUCUAGUUUACAGGAUACGAAUUCCGAUGAUUUAGAUGAUGGCCCGUUAGACUUGAGCUUCAAGAAAAAAACUGUUCCCUCAGAGUUCAGUCGUUUUUCGAAACGAAGAAGAAAUUCAUCAGCUUCCGACAGACAUUCUGUAUCCCCGCCUUAUGCAAGUGAAUCUUCUCCAGUGAGGUCCGUGAUAAAAUCCUUGCAUGGCAGAGAAUCACCUUCUGGUUGUCACAGCAACGAUGGCUGUUUCACAUCAGUAGUCAUGUCCAGGCAAUCGCUGGUGGCUGCAGACAAAGCAUCUCCUCUCCCACCCAUUCUCCAUGCCGCUUUAGGAGGAGACAAACCUGGGGGCUCCAACCCCAUCAAUAUGGCUCCACCAAAAUUAAUGAAGCAAGGCAACAACAUUUGUGAAGAAUGCAACAUAGUUUUUUACCAGUAUGACAAUUUUUUAGCUCAUAAGAAACAUUAUUGUGCAUACAGAAGACGACAGCUUUCUGCACUAGCAGCAGCAGCGGCGGCAGCCGAACAGUCUAGUGAUGAUAACAACAGUAACCAUAGUAACUUGAAUGACACUAAUCAAAAUUAUUCGAGUGACGACUCUUCCAAGGGAGGAGCACUGAAAAAUAGAUUAGAUUUUUCACCUGCAGAGCAAUAUCGAGCGUCUGUUAAGUCACUUCAAUCAGCUAUUUAUUUAUGUGACGCUUGUGGCGUGAAAUUCAGCACGUCAGACAACCUCAAUGCCCAUCAGACAUAUUACUGCAUCAAAAUUCCAGACAGUGUCAUGUCGAAGGCAGCUCAAAAAGCCGAUGAUCCCAGUAGUCCCAAAAAUGAUUUAGAUUCCCCAUUCUGUGGUCCAGAGGAAUGGAAAUGCAAUUAUUGCGAGGCGACGUGCUCAUCGUAUGAGACCAUUCGUCGCCACUUGAUGACACAUAGUGAGCUCAAAGGAUUCCGUUGCUUAAUUUGUGGUUACAAAGGCAACACUCUUCGGGGGAUGAGAACUCAUGCGUGUGAACAUAUAGCAACCAAUGACAAUGCUUCUAUUGAUGAAUUCAUGUCUUCAGCAGUCAUCACCGAAAGCGGCGUUCCAAUUCUACCACGUCCUGUAGAUUGCAGCGAUGAGGAUUCGUCUAGCCCAGGAAGAGACGUAAAGAUAGAAAGGCCAUCUUCAAACCAUCAGAAUAUUGGAUCAGACAUGAAACACAAAACCGUAAUAAAAGACAACAAGCCAGUAGCCCCAAAAUCUGAAAAUAAUGCAUCUAUCAAAAACACCGAAGAUUCUGAAAUGAACCACGUGUCAAUAAUAAAGCAUAAUUUCACUUCGAAAGCUGAAACAAAUGCUUGUCGUAGCACAAAAACGGACGAUAAUGAUAAAAUAUCAUCGGAAGCCAAAACUUCAGUCAAGAAAGAACCAGAAAUUUGUGAGGACCUUUCCAAUUCUUCAACUGAUCAUUCUAGGAGUGUAUCUUCGCAUAAUUCAGUGCCAAAACGAGCUACUAGUACAAACACUGACAUGAAUAAUCAAAGCGGUAUAGAAGAAAGAGAUAGCUGUUUACCUUUUCCCGACGUUGUUGUCAAAACUGAGAAUGAAGAGCAAUCGGAUUCAGACGAUUGUCUUAAAAGUACAAGGAUGGACAGCAUAAAUAAUAGUAGGACAGAAGAUCUAUCGUUUUCCCCUAAUCUUCAUUCCGUCAUUCGUGUGGCAUCGAAGAAUAGAAUAUUAGAAGACACAUCCCAAUUGCAACCUAUUAAAAAGAAGGGAAAAGCACAAACAAAGCCGGAGAUGAAAUACUGUAAGUCCUGCGAUAUAUCAUUUUCUCACUUGUCCAACUUUUUAGCUCAUAAAAGGUUUUAUUGCGUAUCCAGGGUAAUACAAAAUUGCUUACCAGAGACAACUGUUCAGUGAUCCAAACUAAUCCUACAUUUUCAAUUACUUUUGCGGAAAACAUUGUUCAUUAUUAAAUCUGCAUUGAAACCAUUAAUGAUGUUUCAUAAAAUUUCAUCGCGAGUUUUAGUUUUUGCUUAUGUAUUGAAAACGCUUGCAAUCAUUUUUUUCUUAAGCAAUUCUAGAGCUGUGUAGAAAUGUUUAUUGUUAAAUGAGAAACGCUAAAGUGAGUACUCACCAAAUGUGCAGUCUCAACAAUUGUGGAUGAACGUCUAAGGGAGAAAGUUCGGAGAACAUGAUGUUUGACUUUAAAAAGAUAAUUGCAAAAAACAGAACAGAAGUGUAAAUAGAAAAUACCAAAAAUGAAUCGACAAAUACACAAACGAAGCAGUGAGAAGCAAUGGAAUGUAAGUGCCAAAAUAAAAAAUUUGGAGAUAACCAGUACAAAUGGUAGGUGAACCUCCCCUAUAUCUUGGGGCAAGAAAUAAUACUGGUAGCCUUGGUAAGUGCUGCUACACAGCAUGAUUUGGAAAAUCGUGUCACGGGAAGGCUACCUAGGGUCGAAACUUUAAACGUGUUUUACUCGCAACUUGAAACUGUCCACUUACAUCCCUUUGCUUCUCACUAUCUCAAAUGUAAAAACGAAUGCAAGUAGCACAUAUUCGAACCCAAACGGUGAGCAAACUGUACUUUUCAUUUGGUGACUGAUUCUGUAAAGCAAAUCAGUGCAAAAUCCAAACGAAGAUCCAGCGUAACGCAAAUAUCCAAAACAAGUGACAUUUUGUUCUUCCACAUGUUGCGUAGUUGGUAAGUACUUAGCCAAUUGCAAAUUACAUGCAAAUAAAUAUUGACGAUCAUAGCUAACAACUGUUUCAAGGUUUAGUUACACCGUAGCAGUUUUAAAGUUAAUAAUCUCGAUAAAGCCAAAAGGGGGGGGGGGAUUUUCUUCAAACAAAAUGAAUAAUUUUCGAAGUAGAAGUCAUUGAAAAAUCAAAGAAACUUACAUAACAGCGCAACACGUUUUUCUUCGUCACCUACUUUCCUGUUAGAGUUUAAGGUAUGCUACUUUUCUUUUGUUACCGAUUUAAUUCCAGCCACCAGCGAAUCUUUUGAGUACUUUGCCAGUGGAAUUGAACUGCAAAAUUUGAUAAAUCCUUGAAAUCUUUGUUUGCCAAGUAGCUUAUCAUUGGAAAUGAACGGCAAAAUUUGUUAAAUCCUUGAAAUAGCUGUUUGCUAUGACGAAGAUGAUUCAGAACGUCAUUUAAUUUGGUCUAAGUUAGUGGUUUAAAAAUAUAGUUACUUUUAUUUUAAAGUAAGCAUUUUUAAAGGCACCCAUUUGACAACUUUAUGGACUUCGAUUUUUGAUUUUUAUUUUGAUUUGAGUUUUAAGUUCUGUUUGGAUGGUUUACUAAGUUUACAGAUUUUUAAGCAAUAGUUUUAUGAAGUCAAAAAAUUAAGCAAAGAAUGAUUUUCCUUUCUUGUAGCGGUUCUCAAAAGUGGCGAUUAGAGAGAUUAGUGCCAAUUAGUGAAUGCAUUCAUCUACAAAUAAUAAUUUAGAUGGAUUUUUAAGUUUUUUUUUUCUUUUUUUUUUCUGUUUUUGAAGUAGACGUGUUCGUUUUUUUCAUCAUAAUAUUCGAUACUUGAAAAUGGUCCAUGAUUCGAAGUUUGAGUUCCGCUUACGUAGACAUUAGAUCGUAUUUUAAUCAAGAAUUUCAAUUUUUCUUGUGCAUUAAAACUUAGUUUUGAAAAAAUUACUUAAAACUUUUGAAGAAAAUACAUUUUGAAUGUUUACAAUUUUUUCCUAGCAUAUUAAUUUGUGCAAAAUGAACGGCUGAAUAAGAGGUAAAGUUUGCUAUGUAUAUAUUUCAGGAAUUAAAAGUCAUAUACACAAUGAAUUAACUGUGAAAUAUUGAUGUAAGUGUAAUUUUGUAUGCAUCCCUGGAUAAAGGUUUCCUCACAAACACAACCCAAGAAAAAAAUCAUUCCUUUUAACCGGUGAAAAACAUUUAAGUAAUAAAAAUGCAUUUACAUUUUUAUUUCAAAAUAAUUUACACGAUAUGUAUUUGCAUAGUUCCAUGGCAUUUUUGAUUUUUGGAGCUGAAGAAAAAAAAAUUGUUUUCUUGUUAUUUCUUGAAUGUGAAGACGGUGAAUAAAAAAAUGUUUUAAAUACAUCAUUUGUGAA